AUGACCAAAGAGAAACACUGCUUCACACAUACAAAUGAACAAAUGAUAACAAUAAUUUUGGAACUAAAAUAUUCAUUUGUACAUUGCAUCGUCGAUGUUUCCCCGAACGGAAUCCAACGUCUUCAUUCUCUUCGCAUUUACCCUAUAGUGAUUCGUGUAAAAUUCAAGUCUGCCAAACAGAUCAAGGAUGUCAAAGAGGAUUUCUGUGGCGAGAAGAUCACGACUAAGCAAGCCAAGGAUCUUAUGGAUAAGGUAUGCAAUGGCAAUUAA